UCGCUAGCUGUUUAUUCCUCUUUUCGACCUCGUCCCGAUCGGUAUAGCCCAGUGCGCAGUGCGCUAUAUAUUUUUGAAAUAAGUUAAAUAAAAACUGAACGAACGUUGAUAUUACAACGCUGAGAAGUUGUAUAAACCACUACGGAUCGAAGUGUGCUGUUAGAAGGCGACAUAUCGUAUCAGUUCCCAGUGCUCCCUCGAAGAGACACAUAGCUAUCCCACAGAGUGCAGUGCAGUUUACAAACAAUCUUCUGUAUCCAAUUGGUUACCAAGUGCAAAGCCAUUCAUAGAUUUGUUUAUAAUUACUGAAUAGACAAUUGCGAGAUACAAUUUCACUUUUAAAUCAAGUGCAAAACGCAAAAUAGACUGCCACAACACACACUCGUAACUCGUACGUACAUAAACCCUCUCGCAGCCACACACAUUGGCUUGGAGACCUCGCAUCUGUGUGUGUGUGUGUGCGUGCGUUGGAGACUGUUGCUCUCUCGCUCCCGCUCUCGCUGGUGGAGCAGCCCGAAAACAAAGAUUUUGGCGCCAAAAGUUUGACAGCUCGCUUUGGUGUGCGAUUCGCAAACAAGUGGCCCCAAAACAGAGAGUGUAAAACAGAGAUACGGAUACAGAGAUACAGUCAACAUGGUUAGUGCACGCGUUCUGAAUCCCGUCAUGCUGAGUGAAUUCUGCAAAAUGAGCACCAGCCCGGCUGUGAGUCGCAACCUUCCCUGCGGCCGCCAGCUCAACCGCAUCAAACGUGACCUCUUCGGCAGCUCCAACUCCUCGGAGAGCAGCACCAAUAAAUUGCCCUUCAAUGCCGAACUGGAGCGCCACCAGGAGAUGGCCACGCAGAAGUGGGGAUUCGAUUUCCGUGCCGGCUGCCCCCUGGCCGAGAAGUCGCCCUUCGUCUGGGAGCGCGUCAGCUUCCAGGAGUCGAGCUUCGCCCCGGAAAUGUACACCCUAACCCGUGCCGCUCACGUCCGUCCCGUGGAGAGCAGUCCCAGCGACAUGGACACCCUGCUGAACGAGCGAUCCGAGCGCGAGAACUUGGGCUCCAACUUGGUCAACUCAUCGCUGGAGUCCAACACCGACAACGACUCCUGCUACGACUCACAGGAUGAGUCGCUCACGGUGCGAUUGUCCAGCAACAUAGCCUCCACGUCCUCGACAGUCCUGCGCAAGCGACAGCCAAAAAUCACAGAAUUCAUGAAGGAGCGCAAGCGAUUGGCCCAGGCUCCCAAGAAACUAUCGCCCGCAAAACGCCUGCGCACCAGCUCGCCCAGCUCGUCGUCCGCCAGCUCCAGUGCCGGAUUCGGGUUGGCGCACCUGGGGGCCAUGCUGAAGCGCCCGCGCCACAACUAAUGUCGCUGGUUCGCUGGCCCACCCACCGAAUUGCAAUUGUAAUAUUAUUUUUAUAAUUUUUUUAAGUCACUGCGAUUGUGUAGUAUUUCCUAAACUUUUAUUACGAACAACCUUUUUAUGCAGUGCAAGGGCGACAGUUGCGAAUAUUAAUCGUUAGUCUUCAAUUACUCGUAACCAGUAAUUAGUUGUAAGCCACAUUGUAAGCUCGUAAGGGAUAAAUGAAACUUUCUCUAGAUUUCUCUAGUGAGAAAUGCCAUAAACUAAGUGAUUAGUUCUUAACAACAAACACUAUACUAUUGAGCCAGAAGAGAGGAGUGUAGGAAGGCGAGACCGCAAGCUAAAUGGAAUUAGUCUCAAAUAUCGUGAAGCCAAACAAAAUUUAACCUUUAUAACGAAUGAAAUACUAACUUUAUAUAACUUUCUGCCAACUUUUGCUUGUGAAUUUCUGUAUUUUGUAUAACAAAACUCAUCUCUGUUCUGUUUCCGGUAGCUUAGGAUUAAAACUUAGCCAUCAGUUAAAAAGCAGAACAGACUUGAAUUUUGAAUUGAAUUCUUAAGGAGCUAGAACGACGCCACAAUCGGCUUACUUUGGCUGAUUGUUGCCUUGUUUUUUCGUCCACCUAAAAUUAAUUCCUUAAUUCGACCAGUGAAUAAAACGAAAACGAACAGCUUGACUUGUGUGUGCCAAUUCCUGAUCCUUUGGCUGAAAGUUAAUCAAGCUUUUAGUCAAAUGAACACGAAUUGCCGCGCUAUCAGCUCUUAACCGGCGGUAAAAAUGUAUUUUAUGAUUUGCUAUGAUCUCUGGGCAAAUUAUAGGAUCAAUUUUGCCAAAAACUAUCAUGUACAAAUGCUAGCAUACUUUACUUUACACAUAGGCAGAGCCUAUCCUAACCACAUUUAUACAAAGCAUCUAUUUGUAAGGCAUAACUAAGAACAAAUCCAAAGUAUUCUCCUAAUAUUUAUAUGUAUAGAUAUUCGAUGUAUAAUUAAGUCAUAAAAAAACGCAUUCUUCAAUAAAAAAAAGGCAAAAACAAA